UUACUAUGAAAUGGCUUUGACUCAACGUUCGUUCUGGACGUUUUCCUUCGCAAAGCGGUUGUUUUUCGCUCGCCUACCGUUGUCGUCGAGUGUUUAUAAAAAGCCUCAGUCUAUUGAGUUCACCCAGAAGGCUGACUGGGCGCCAUCUCAUUCAAGUCCGUCCUUAUUCUACGACGAAUUGGCCAACAAGUUUAUAAACUGUAUGAUGUGGGACGGAAAGAAGUCUCUGUCUACUCAUAUCUUUCGUAACGCUCUCGAAAUUAUUAAACGGCAGCAAAUGGGGAGUAAGAGUGGUCACGUGACCGAACCUAUGGAUGUGUUCCAUCAGGCACUGGAAAACUGUAAGCCUGCAGUCGGCAUCGUUCGUAUUAGGAGAUCAGGAAGAACGUACCAAAUACCGACGCCGCUUCCAGAACGACGGAGGACGUUUCUAGCCAUCAAAUGGUUGAUAACGGCUGCAAGGAAACGAGGAGGUCAUGGCAUGGACAAGAGAUUGGCCACCGAACUGAUGGACGCGUACAAUCGUGAAGGAUCCGUUAUUAAGAAGAAGAUAGAGAUGCACAAAUUAGCAAACGCGAAUAGAGUGUAUGCUCACUAUCAGUGGGGAUAACAAGACAAAUAGAGAUAUGAAUGAGUAGACAUGAUAGAUAAGACAAAUUUCUUCUGGCCAGUUUUCUAUUGAAUUGUAUAUCUUUUAUCAUGAUAACUUGGUGCCACUCUUGGUCUAUAACAAUAUAUACAUAAACAUCUGUAUGAUCUCUGUGUGUCUGUCUCUGUCUGCAUGUCUGUCUGUCUAUUCAUCUGUCAAACUGAUUGCGUCUGUCUGUCCGUCUAUCAGCUUGUGCUUAUCUU